GAAAAUGGAAUCAUACCAAAUUAUAUCAACCAUACCACAGAGACAACCUUUUCCCACUCAACAAAUCUGAUUUGACAUUUAUUAAUUCCUCUGUUUACAUUCAUCUUUCUCAUGUCAAGAUCACUCUCUUACCUCUCCCAUAUAUAUAUAUAAAUCAGAGAACCACUUAUAUUCGGUAAAAGUGAAUCUCUCAAUACUGAGUGAUAUAUAUAUGUAGAUACAAAGAAAGAGGAGAGAGGGAGUGGGAGAGAGAGAUAGAGAGAGAGAGAGAGAAUGGGGAAGGGAAGAGCACCUUGUUGUGACAAGACCAAAGUAAAGAGAGGUCCAUGGAGCCCAGAAGAAGAUUUGAAACUCAUCUCUUUCAUUCAAAAGUUUGGUCAUGAGAACUGGAGAUCUCUUCCCAAACAGUCUGGGUUAUUGAGGUGUGGGAAGAGUUGUCGUCUAAGGUGGAUUAACUACCUCAGGCCAGAUCUGAAGCGUGGCAACUUCACUGCAGAGGAGGAAGAAACAAUCAUCAAGCUCCACCAGAACUAUGGGAACAAGUGGUCGAAAAUAGCUUCCCAACUUCCAGGUAGAACAGAUAACGAAAUCAAGAAUGUGUGGCACACCCAUCUAAAGAAAAGAUUGGUACAGAGCGAUCUCACUGCAGAUGAACCAGCUUCAUCACCUUGUUCAAGUGAUUCUGUUUCUCGUGGGAACGAGGAUAAGUCUCGAGCAGAAGAUUCUUUGAACAUAACAACUAACCAUGAGUCGUCAUCGAGGAAUGGGAUGUCUACAUCUGUGUCAUCGGGUGGUUCCUUUAAUCAUUCAAACCAAGAAGAUGAUCCAGCGAGUGGCCUUAUGUUUGAGUACAUGGAAGAAGAUUAUUGCGAGUUUAACGACGUUAUUCAAGAGGUAGACAAACCCGAUCGGCUGGAGGUCCCUUUCGAUGCAGAUCAUGACAUUUGGACAUCUGUGCCAUCGGGUGGUUCCAUUAACCAUUCAAACCAAGAAGAUGAUCCAACGAUUAGCCUUAUGUUUGAGUACAUGGAAGAAGAUUAUAGCGAGUUUAACGACAUUAUUCAAGAGGUAGACAAACCGGAUCUGCGAGAGAUCCCUUUCGAUACAGAUCAUGACGUUUGGAGUUACUUAGAUGCUCCAAACUCGUUUCAACAAUGCGCUGCAAAUGAGUUCAGCGCAGCUUCAAGAGCAGAAGAAGAGUCUGAUGAGGAUGAUAUUAAGAAAUGGUUGAAGAACCUGGAAAGUGAACUGGGGUUAGAAGAAGAUGACGGCCAACGUACGAGCUCAUGAUACAUUAAAUGAAAUUUUUGGUAGUCAAGUUCUUGUUGGGUAGGAUUAGUUUGAAAUCUCUUUUAUCAUCUAAAAACAACUGCCAUCAUAAAACUACAAAACAAGUAAUUAACAUGUAUAUUAACGAGUUCA